AUGAUGUCUGAAUUAAAAUCAAUUGAAAUGGCCAAGGUACCCUACCCUGAAGUAGAUACCGGCCAAACCAUCUCGUAUACAGAUACAGAGGGCGAGAGGUCCUAUGUCAGGAAAAUUGACUUCAUUGUGCUUCCAACACUAUGCUUGGUGGGUCACCUGGCAUGCGAAACACAGUUAAUGGAAAUAUUUGCUAACUUUGAGGCUUGUGUCAUCGUACAGAUGUACUUUUUUGACUGCAUGGAUCGGAGCAAUCUGGCCAAUGCGAAGACAGAUGGUUUGGAUGAGGACUUGCAUCUAAAGGGGAAUGACUAUUCUCUAUUGAUCCUUCUCUUCUAUAUCCCCUUUGGGCUCUUCGAUCUGCCAUGGAAUCUUUUCAUUAAGAGAUUUUCAGGUAGAAUCAUGCUGUCUAUUUUGUCUAUUGUGUGGGGAGUUCUAGCGCUUUGCCAAUGCGCUGCUAAGGAUUUCGGUUCUCUGCUUACCAUUCGCAUCAUCUUGGGUGUUUUCGAAGCAGGUUUCUUUGCUGGAGCAACCUUCUACCUCACAUUGUUUUAUACGCGCGGAGAAAUGGGAUUCCGCCUGGCUAUCAUGCAAUCAUUUGCAGUUCUGGCAUCUGCCUUUAGUGGACUGAUCUCCUUCGGAGCAUUCCAGAUAAAUCACCCGGCAGUCAAAGGAUGGCAGUGGCUGUUUAUUAUUGAAGGAUCGAUGACAUUAAUCACUGGCGCUGUGGCAAUUUUCCUGCUACCAGAUGGGGUACAGAAAGCCUGGUUUUUGACCAACAGAGAGAAGGCGGCGGCGACAGCACGUCUGCUUCGAGAUACCUCGUUGGAGGUGAAUACCCAAUUUGAUCUUAAGGCCUGCUUUCAGUCGUGGAACGACUGGAAAUUCCCAGUGUGGUGUUUGAUUACCUUCACAUACCCUGUUGCUUAUGCCACUGCAAUGAAUUUCUUCCCUUUGAUUGUUCAACGAUUGGGAUACUCUGUCAUCAAGACUAACCUCUGGACAGUGGCGCCAAAUCUCGUCGGAGCAGUUGUCCUACUAUGUGUGGCCAAGUCAUCAGACUAUUUCCGCGAAAGAACGCUCCAUAUUGUCUUUUCUUUGGCAGUUUCAUUGGUCGGAAUUAUUAUAUUAAUUGCGAUUGAUGUUCAGAAGAACAAGGGGGUAGCAUACUUUGCCUGUUUCCUGAUGGCGGCAGGAUCCUAUAUUCCGUCGAGUCUUGUUCAUGCGUGGCACAACAAUAACAACGUACACGAGAACUCACGAGUUGCGAAUACAGGAUUCUUCGUAGGGCUAGGCAAUUUCGCUGGAGUAUUGAGCGCAGGCACAUUUCGAACUCAAUAUGCACCAAAGUAA